AUGGAAGUAUGUGUUCCCUAUGUGCGUUGGGGUCUGCUGGUGGAAGUUCUCAUCAGAGUUUGGGAGUUGUAUUUUGUUGGCACAGGUGCAGAUCAUGGAGUUGUUUUCCCAGUUGACUCUCUCGCUACAUGUAGCAUUGGUAUCCCCUGGCAGGAGUUUGGGAGAGAUUUUGGAGUUGUAGUUUCCUGGCAGAGAGGCAGAGCUAAGUCUCAGGGGACUCCCCUAGUAGUGAGUGACAAACAGUUUGUGUUCAAUAACUAUCAGUUUGUGUUGGCUUUGGCUUUUGCUAUUGAGGAGAUCAACAAAAACCCUGAUUUUUUAAGUAACUGGACUCUGGGAUUUGACGUCUAUGAUGUUCAAGUCAGAGAUUUCACAAUGUAUAAGAAUCCCUUCAUGUGGCUCUUUGGGAAGUACAAGAUUCCAAACUACUCCUGUAUGAGAGACAGAAGGUCUAUAGCAGUACUUACAGGACCAUUAGGAUUCACAUCUGACAAAAUUGGAACAUUGCUGGGACUCUACAGAUUUCCACAGCUUACCUUUGGGCCUUUUUCUCAUGCCCUGAGUGACCAUCACAAGUUUCCUGCUCUCUAUCAGAUGGCUCCAAAGGACACAUCGAUAGCCACUGCCAUGGUCUCCUUACUGCUUCACUUCAGCUGGAACUGGGUGGGACUAUUGAACUUGGAGGAUGAGAAUGGAUUGUGGUCUCUAGCUGAAUUGAAAGAAGAGAUGGCCAAGAACAGAGUUUACAUGACUAUGUCUGGAUACAGUUACAAUAUAUACAACGCUGUGUAUGCUGUGGCCAAGGCUCUCCAUGAGAUGCUUCUUCAUCAGACAGAAGUUCAAAUAAUGGGAAAUAGAAAAGGGACACUGCCUUCCCCUGCACAGUUGCUCCAUUUUCUGAAGAACAUCCAAUUUCACGAUUCUGUUGGACAUCAAGUGAUUCUGGAUGAGAAAAGGAAAUUGGAGCCAGACUAUGACAUUCUGAACAUUUGGAAUUUUCCAGAAGGUCUUGAACUUGAGGUGAGAGUAGGAAAGUUUUCUCCCAAUGCUCUACAUGGUAAUCAACUGUUUUUAUCUGAAGAUAUGGUAGAGUGGGCCAUUGGAAAUACGGAGACUCCUCGCUCUGUCUGCAGUGAGCCUUGUGGUACUGGAUUUAGGAAAUCUCCUCAGGAAGGAAAGGCUGCCUGUUGCUUUAAUUGUACCCCUUGCCCACAGAAUGAGAUUGCUAAUAUGACAGAGAUGGAGCACUGUGUGAAAUGUGCAGAUCAUCAGUAUGCGAACACACAGAGAAAUCAGUGCCUCCUGAGAGAUGAAAGUUUCCUGGCUUUUGGAGAUCCCUUGGGCAUGGCUCUGGCCUGCAUGGGUAUUUGCUUCUCUAUGCUAACUGCUGCUGUUUUGAUAAUAUUUGUGAAACACCAAGAUACUGCCAUUGUCAAGGCCAAUAACCGGACUCUCAGCUACAUCUUGCUCAUCUCCCUCAUCUUCUGUUUCCUCUGUUCCUUGCUCUUCAUUGGCCGUCCCAACACAGUCACCUGCAUCCUGCAGCAGAUCACAUUUGGACUUGUCUUCACUGUGGCUGUUUCCACAGUGUUGGCCAAAACAGUGAUUGUGGUCCUGGCCUUCAAGUCCAUUUCUCCAGGGAGAAGGAUGAGGGGGUUGCUGGUAUCAGGGGUUCCUAACCUCAUCAUCCCCAUCUGCACCCUCAUCCAGGUGACCCUCUGUGGACUCUGGCUCAGAACCUCUCCUCCCUUUGUGGACACAGAUGCACACUCUGAACAUGGCCACAUCAUCAUCCUGUGCAACAAGGGCUCCCUUACCACCUUCUACUGUGCCCUGGGAUACCUGGGCUCCCUGACCCUGGCCAGCUUUACUGUGGCUUUUCUGGCCAGGAACCUGCCUGACACCUUCAACGAAGCUAAAUUCCUGACCUUCAUCAUGCUGGUGUUCUGCAGUGUGUGGCUCACCUUCCUGCCUGUCUAUCACAGUGCCAAGGGGAAGGUGAUGGUGACUGUGGAGAUUUUCUCCAUCUUGGCCUCUGGUGCAGGGCUCCUAGGCUGCAUUUUUGUCCUCAAAUGUUACAAUAUAUUGUUAAUGCCCAAUAGAAAUUCUCUGCAUGGCUUUAGGGAAAAACGUCAACAUAGUAGGAAAAAUUAG